UCUGCACUGGGAUCACUGUGCUUUCCCCGCCUCCUUUGCUUUCCAGUUCCUUUUGACUUCCCUGUUGUAUAAACUGCUCUCCCUUCCCUGGGAGUUCUGUUUUGUCCCUGUUUUUUCCUGCGAGUUCCUCCUGUCUCUCCUUUUUUCCCCUUUGGAGCUCAGUUCUCUCCCCCUUUAACCUCCGGGAGCUCAGCUCUCUCUCCAUUUCCUCCUGGUAGCUCGGGUCUCUUUCUCCCUUUCCUCCGGAGAGCUCAGGGCUCUCCCCGGUUUUCCCGGAGCUCCUCGGAUCUCUCCCCUUUUCCCCCCUGGGAUUCCAGAUCCCUUCCUCUUCCCUGCCUCCCCUUUCCCCCGGCGUGCUCAGGGCUCUCCGUUUUUCCCCUGGAGCUGAGAUCUCUCGGCAUUCCUGCACCCAGGCCUGUGCUUGCAGCCCCCAGGCCCCUCAAGUGUGGGAGCAGCAGGACCCUGCAAUAAAGACCAGGUGCCAAAGGGAGGAACUUGAGAAAAAGGAGUCAUUCUGGGUGUUUGCUACCUCCACAGGGAGCCUGGAGAGGGAAUGGGCCCUGGGAGCCUCGGACCUCCUCAGGAGGUUGUGACAUUCAAGGAUGUGGCUGUGGACUUCACCCAGGAGGAGUGGGGGCUCUUGGACCCAUCUCAGAAGGAGCUGUUCAAGGAGGUCAUGGUGGAGAACGCCUGGAACCUGCUCUCCUUGGGGCUUCCAGUUUCUAGAGAAGAGGCGAUCUCUUAUUUUGAGCAGAGGGAAGCACUGUGGAUGCCGGAGCAAGAAGGCCUGAGGAGCUGCUCUCCAGGAAGGAGAAAUCAGAGUGAAAUGAAAGAAACUCCUGCAGAGCUAAGCCAUUCUGUGGUAGAAACUCCCAAGCAGUGGUUCAUGGGUGAUGGAUCCUGUGACUUUACUUGGAUGAAAAGCUGUGCAACACAUGAGAGAAUCCAUUUUAGAGAGAGAAAUUGUGAAUGUACCGAAUGUGGAAAAGGUUUUAUAAAAAAGGAAAAUCUUAUUCGACAAUUAGGAAUCCACACAGGAGAGAAAUCUUAUGAAUGUAACCAAUGUGGAAAAACUUUUACAAAUAGAACAUUUCUUAGUUUACAUCAGAAAACCCACACUGCAGUGCAGCCUUGUGAAUGUAACCAGUGUGGAAAAAGAUUUAGACAAAAAGGUGAUCUUAUUAGACAUCAGAGAAUCCACACUGGAGAAAAACCUUAUGAAUGUAACCAGUGUGGAAAGGCUUUUACAGAAAAUGGAGCUCUUAUUAGACAUCAAAGAAUCCACACUGGAGAGAAACCUUAUGAAUGUAACAAGUGUGGAAAGGCUUUUAGAAGCAAAGAAGGUCUCAUUGGCCAUCAGAGAAUCCACACAGGAGAGAAACCUUGUGAAUGUAAACAGUGUGGAAAAAGAUUUAGACAAAAGAGUGAUCUCAUUAGACAUCAGAGAAUCCAUGCUGGAGAAAAACCUUAUGAAUGUAACCAAUGUGGAAAGUCUUUUAGAGACAAGGGAGGACUCAGUGGUCAUCAGAGAAUCCACACUGGAGAGAAACCUUAUAAAUGUAACCAGUGUGGAAAAUGGUUUAUAAAAAAGAGAACUCUUCUUUUACAUCAGAGAAUCCACACUGGCGAGAAACCUUAUGAAUGCAACCAGUGUAGAAAGGCUUUUAUAGAAAAUGGAGCUCUUAUUAGACAUCAAAGAAUCCACACUGGAGAGAAACCUUAUGAAUGUAACCAAUGUGGAAAGGCUUUUAGAAGCAAGGGAUGUCUCAUUGGUCAUCAGAGAAUCCACACUGGAGAGAAACCUUAUGAAUGUAACCAGUGUGGAAAAAGUUUUCUAAAAAAGGGAGCUCUUCUUUUACAUCAGAGAAUCCACACUGGAGAGAAACCUUAUGAAUGCAACCAGUGUGGAAAGGCUUUUAUAGAAAACGGAGCUCUUAUUAGACACCUAAGAAUCCACACAGGAGAGAAACCUUUUGAAUGUAACCAGUGUAGAAAGGCCUUUAGAGACAAGCGAGCUCUUACUGUACAUGAGAGAAUCCACACUGGAGAGAAACCUUAUAAAUGUAACCAAUGUGAAAAGGCUUUUAGAGACAAGAGAGCUCUUACUGUACAUCAGAGAAUCCACAUCGGAGAGAAACCUUAUGAAUGUAACCAAUGUGGAAAGGGUUUUAGAAACAAGCGAGCUCUUGCUGUACAUCAGAGAAUCCACACUGGAGAGAAACCUUAUGGAUGUAACCAAUGUGGAAACUCAUUUGGAAGCAAGGGAAAUCUUACUAGACAUCAAAGAAUCCACACUGGAGAGAAACCUUAUGCAUGUAACCAGUGUGGAAAGGAUUUUAGAAAAAAGGAUUCUCUUAUUUUCCAUCAGAGAAUCCACACUGGAGAGAAGCCUUAUGAAUGUAACCAGUGUGGAAAGGCUUUUAGAAGUAAGAAAGGUCUCAUUGAUCAUCAGAAAAUCCACACUGGAGAGAAACCUUUUGAAUGUAAUCAAUGUGGAAAGGGUUUUAAAAGCAAGAGAGGUCUUACUGGACAUCAAAUGAUGCAUACUGAAGAGAAGCCUUAGGAAUGUAACCAAUGUGGAAAGGCUUUUGGGGGAAACCUGGGAUGCUAAUGUAUUAUUGGUGGGAUUAUGAACGGAUCCAAUCAUUCUGUCAAGCAAUGUGGAACUAUGCCCAACGACUAUCAAAAGGUACAUAUCCUUUGCUCUAGCAAUGUUUCUCCUGGGCUUAUUUGCCAAAGAGAUCCUAAAGGAGUAAAAGGGACCCACAGGUGCAGAAAUGUUUCUCCAGCCGUAUUUGUAGUGGCAAGAAAUUGGAAAUUGAGUGGAUGCCCAUCAGCUGGGAAAUACUGAAUAAGUUAUAGCACAUUAAUGUUGUGGAAUAUUA